CUGUUCAAAACAAACGCUAAGUUAGCUCCGCGAUUAAAUAUCCUGCAAACUUUCAAUGAGUUUUACGAUAUUUUAAUCCUAGACACAUUGCAGCUACAAAUCACCUCUAAUCCUGUGUAUCCAUGGAGACGCCUGAGCCUGGCCCAGCAGAUGGAGAGGAGCGUUUGGUGGAGUUGCGACCACGGACACGCUCCAACCCUGAAGGUGCAGAGGACCGUCGCAGCAGCACUGGGAGCCUCGGAGGCAACAGUAAUCCCAACAUAUCUCAGCCGGCUGUGGGCAGUCGUGUUGAGGGGGAAGGCGAGGCUUCAACCAGCGAUAGUCCUCCGAGUUCCACCACUACGACAGUCUCCACAGCGGUCGCUCAGACUGCAGCACCUGCUGCUGCAGCGGCGACGGCUGCCGCCAGUGUCUCGAUGCCGCUAUCUACUGCUGCUGUUGUAGCCAAAGAGAGGCCAAAGCCCACACAACAGCAGCCCCCACUGACAACCCCUGUUCCCCCACCAGCAGAGUACCAGCUCAAAGUUCCCCGUGUGAACUGCCCAGAGAAAGUGAUUAUCUGCUUAGAUCUUUCUGAAGAGAUGUCUUUACCAAAGUUGGAGUCUUUUAAUGGGUCUAAAACAAAUGCCCUGAACAUAUCCCAGAAGAUGAUUGAGAUGUUUGUCAGAACUAAACACAAGAUUGACAAACGCCACGAGUUUGCCCUGGUGGUUGUCAAUGAUGACGCUCUGUGGCUGUCAGGCUUCACGUCUGACCCCAGGGAGCUAUGCAGCUGUCUGUAUGACCUGGAGACUAAUGUGUGCGAGUCCUUCAACCUGGAAGAUCUUCUUAAUGUGAUUCGUCAGAAAAUCGAGCUGCCGUCGAUGGAGAAUGUUCAGACCAUCCCGCCUCCAUACGUGGUGCGGACAGUGCUCAUCUAUAGCCGUCAUGCAGGACAGCUACAGUUCAACCCGUCUGAGGCUGUUGGUAAAAUGCUUCAAUCUCCGUACUUUUUCUUUGACGUUGUCUACCUGCACAACGGUGUGGAGGAUCAGGGGGAUGAGACAAGCUGGAGGGACAACUACACCUCUUUCUGCAACCUCGACUCAAAGGGCCUGUGUUAUCGCUUUGAGGUUUCCCUGAGUGGACCCGCCAUCGAGCUGCACAACUGCAUGGCCAAACUCUUGGCUCACCCCUUACAGAGACCUUUCCAGAGCCAUGCAUCGUACAGCCUCCUGGAGGGGGAAGACCCUCAGGACAUUGAGGCUACUGUCUAGAACUGGACUCACUCAAAAAACCCUGCUUCUAUGGGAAAUGCACACUGUAGUUUAACAGAAAUGGACUGGGGAUUCAUAAGUACAACUUAUCUAUUUUUUUCCCUUAACUUGCUAUGGGGUAAAAAUAAUAUUUGGGAAAACCAAGCAAUGUUCUUAAGGAACAAGAGAGGUUAUACAGGCUGAUACUAACACAGUCACUGUGUUUCAACAAGAGAAUGAUUGAGAGACUGAUUGUUGGAGGCUUAGAUAAUGAUUUAAUUAUCUUUUUGUUGGCUGUGAAAUUGGAUAUCCUGGUGACACAUCACCUGGAUAACAUCACUCUUGCACACGGAUAACACCAUGCUGAACAAUCUUGUGGGUGUGGUAAUGAAGUAGAGGUCAGAGACCUGAGCAAUGGUAGAGAAGAAGAGGAGGAAAAAAAUAAAAAGCAACAGUAACAGCAUUACACAUGCUUACAUUAGUCCCUAAACACUUGUUUUUCUUUCAGAUCUGAUCAGACCACAGUGAUGUAUAUGUAAGUCUUAAAGGGUGAAAACAGUGCAAACAAAUUGCAAUCGUUAUUGUUUUCCUAUAGCGGGAUUUUUGAGACUUUGAAGUAACGAACUGGAAUAUGAUGUACUGUAUCACAAUGGUCAUACUUUCUGUAAUAUUGCCUUUCCUUUUUAGUUGGUAAUUUCCACCUUUGUUACCUAUUUUAAUAUAUAUUUUUAAAGGGUUGUAUUUAUUCAUUUGUUCAUUUGUCACUUGUGUAUAUUACACAAUGACAGAAUGUACCUUAAUGCAGAUGCGGCCUGAUUUGAUUCAUUUUUUUUCUUUGACAGUUCUCUCUGUAUUGUUGAUGCUUCGAUUGUGAAAAAAGGCCCUUCAUACUGCCAGUCUAGUUGCACUUGAAUCCACUGUACAGAUGAGCCUUCUGAAGCUGUUUCUUGACAUAAAAACGCACAUUUAAUCAUA